AUCAGCUUAACUAAAUUCCUAGUCAAUCUGUAAAACUGGCUGAUCGAAGGUCAUUGUCAAGAUCUCUUCAUUCUGAUAAAUUUUGGAUUAAAAAAUUUAAAAGCUCCAAAAUUCUGUUUUGAUUUUAUUUUAGGCACCGCCGACCAGUAAACCUGCAUGUGAUGGCUGCAUUUGCCUUUCCCACUAUAUGUAGCUGGAUGCUCCGGGCGGCUACAAAACCUAUUUGUCUCCCUCUCUUAAACUCUCUCUCAUAUUUUCACGCACAUAAACAGACAUUAAAUUUGAUCCUUUCAAGUUCAAAUGGUGGAACACUCACUAUUUGAAUCUCAAUCCCCCAAAAAAUCUAAGAUUAUUUUGCUAAAGAACACAUUAAAUUCAUUUAAGCUUUCCUUGUACAGCUGUCUGUGUCUCUCAUUUAUUCUGCUCUUCCAGAUUCUCAUCCUAAAUUUUGUUCUUUGUACUCCAUCAAAAUCUAUAUCCAUUCAUACUCAGAUUCUACAGCAAAAACCCAAGACUUUACCAUUGACAUUGCCAUCUCUUGAAAACAAAGAAUGCCAGUCAGGAAUGGUAUUUGUAUAUGAUCUUCCAGUUUUGUUUAACAAAGAACUAAUAGACAACUGCCAGGAUUUAGACCCGUGGCAUUCGCGUUGCAAUGCAGUUUCCAAUGAUGGACUUGGCCCGAUUACAGCCGGGCUCUCUGCCGGCAUGCCGGAAAAUCUAGCUCCGGCAUGGUACUGGACAGACAUGUUUGCUGGCGAGAUCAUUUAUCAUGCAAGCAUGUUGAAGCACAAGUGUAGAACUACAGAGCCCGAAAGGGCUACAGCCUUCUAUAUACCAUUUUAUGCUGGACUUGCAGUUGCAAAAUAUUUGUUCACAAAUUAUACUGCAAAAGAACGGGAUUGGCACAGUGAGAUGUUACUCAAGUGGCUCCAGAAUCAACACUACUGGAAAAGAUCCAACGGCUCAGAUCACUUCAUCAUGCUCGGUAGGAUGACAUGGGAUUUUCGAAGGUCAAAGAAUGAAGAUUGGGGUUCCAGUUUCAUUAACAUGCCUGUGAUGAAACAAAUCUUACGGCUCUGCGUUGAAAGAAAUCCGUGGGAUCAUCUUGAGAUCAGUGUUCCUUACCCCACUGGAUUCCACCCAAAGUCAAAAUCAGAUCUCGAUCAAUGGCUGAAUUUUGUGCAAACUCGAAACAGGACGAAUUUAUUCGCAUUUGUUGGUGGGAAACGCAAGGUGAAGAGUGAUUUCAGAAGUCUGUUAUCGAGUCACUGUUACAAUGAGUCCGACUCGUGUCGGGUUGUGGAUUGUUCCGGGACUCGGUGCUAUGACGGGACAUGGGAAGUUCUUGAAGCAUUUUUGGACUCGGAUUUUUGCUUGCAACCUAGGGGCGAUGCGCAUACAAGAAAAUCCACGUUUGAUUGCAUGUUGGCUGGUUCAAUCCCAGUAUUUUUCUGGAAAAGAAGCAUAUAUGAUCAAUAUCAAUGGUUCUUGAUGGGACAACCGGAAAACUUCUCGGUGUUUAUAGAUCGAAAAGAUGUGCGAAAUGGAGUGUCUAUAAAGAAAGUGAUGGAAGGGUAUAGUAGGGAACAAAUAAGAAGAAUGAGAGAGAAGGUGAUUGAAUUUAUACCAAGAUUUGUGUAUAAUUAUAUCGGUAGUGAUGUUACACAAGAUGCUUUUGAUCUUGCUAUUGAUGGAGUAUUGAAGAGGUUUAAGGAGCAAAAAGAACCCAACAAUGCACAAUUAAAGGAGAAAUGAAAUGAGGGAUCACAUUCUUGCUUGGAUGCGGUAAAAGGUGUGUCUGUAUAUAUUUUUUUCUCAUUCAUGUCUCGACUCGUAAUAUUGUUAAGUUUAUUUUUUCAUUUCUCAAGAAAGAAGAAUAAAGAAAUUUAAGGUUACGUUUUUUCUAUAUUGUAAUUUAAAUAGGAAA